GUGUCCCUUCGGCUAUGGGAUACUUUUGGAGACCAUCAUAAGGACCGGCGUUUUGCAUAUGGCAGGUCUGAUGUGGUGGUACUGUGCUUCUCAAUCGCCAAUCCCAACUCUCUGUACCAUGUGAAGACCAUGUGGUAUCCUGAGAUCAAGCACUUCUGCCCCCGUGCUCCUGUCAUCUUGGUGGGCUGUCAACUGGACCUGCGCUAUGCUGACCUGGAAGCAGUGAACAGGGCACGGAGGCCUUUAGCUAGACCCAUUAAAUCAAAUGAGAUCCUUCCUCCAGAGAGAGGCCGGGAGGUGGCCAAAGAGUUGGGAGUGCCAUAUUAUGAAACCAGUGUUGUUGCUCAAUUUGGAGUCAAGGACGUCUUUGAUAAUGCUAUCCGAGCUGCGCUCAUCUCACGCCGCCACCUGCAGUUUUGGAAAUCUCACCUCAGAAAUGUGCAGCGGCCUCUCCUUCAGGCGCCCUUCCUGCCACCGAAACCUCCCCCACCUAUAAUCACUGUGCCUCCUCCCCCAACCACCACAGAGGAGCAUCCAGUCGGUCUCCUGGAGGACCCACACUGUGCUGAUGUCAUUCUGGUUUUGCAGGAGCGACAGAAAAUCUUUGCACACAAGAUAUACUUGGCGACAUCCUCUUCAAAGUUCUAUGACCUCUUUAUCAUGGACACACAAAAUGAGGAGACCGAAAGGCCCCCUCGUGGUCCUCUCUCUGGCCGAGAGCUGCUGAUGCGUGCUGCCAGCUUUGAUGUUUGCGAGAGCAGCGAUGAUGGUGACAGGGCCAACCUGAGGGCCUGCACUAGUGAUGGGACCCUGAAAGACUCUGAGGGGGGCCGACGGGGCAGACUGCUCUCCUCGUGGAGCCGAGCCUUUGUCAGCAUCCAGGAGGAGCUUGUAGAUGACCCUCUAACAUACAGCCCCAGGACCAUGACUGUGGUGCACAUGGACCAGUCCAUGCAGCUCGGUCCUUUCCGAGCAGUACUUCGCUACCUGUACACAGGUCAGCUAGACGAGAAUGAGAAAGAGCUAAUGCACAUUGCACACAUUGCUGAGCUGCUGGAGGUCUUUGACCUGCGGAUGAUGGUGGCAAACAUACUUAACAAUGAAGCCUUCAUGAACCAAGAAAUCACCAAAGCCUUCCAUGUACGGCGCACAAAUAGAGUCAAAGAGUGCUUGGCAAAAGGCACCUUUUCUGAUGUAGUAUUCAAGCUAGAUGAUGGGACGAUCAUGGCUCACAAGCCUUUACUCAUCUCUAGUUGUGACUGGAUGGCAGCUAUGUUUGGCGGGCCUUUUGUGGAGAGCUGCACCAAAGAGGUGCUGUUUCCCAACACAACUCGCAGCUGUAUGAGGGCUGUGCUAGAAUAUCUCUAUACAGGGCGUUUUUGUUCUCGGCCUGACUUGGAUGCAAUGGAACUUAUUGUUCUUGCCAAUCGUCUUUGCCUCCCCCACCUGGUUGCACUUACAGAACUCUACACAGUAACAGUAUUGACAGAGGCAGCGAUGAUGGGGGCUGACAUUGAUGGAGAUGUGCUGGUGUACUUGGAUAUGGCCCAGUUCCAUGGUGCCCAGCAGCUCACUGGCUGGUGUCUUCAUCACAUCUGCACCAACUACAACAGUGUCUGCCGCAAGUUCCCCCGAGACAUGAAGGCCAAGUCCACAGAGAACCAAGAAUACUUUGAGAAACAUCGCUGGCCGCCUGUGUGGUAUCUUAAAGAGGAUGACCACUACCAAAGAGCACGCAAAGAACGCGACAAGGAGGACUACUUGUACCAGAGACGGCAAUGUAAACGCAAGUGGCUCUUCUGGAACCUUCCUUCCUCCCCUAACUCGAACUCUCCUUCUUCUGGCUCAUCCGCUGUCAUCUGACCGAGUGGUGAGGCUAGGUCCAAUCUGGGGUACAUUAGUAUGGAUGCGAGUGGUGAAAGAUUCAAUAGAAGCUAAGCACUGCUGACUAGGUACACCCAAAUUAUUCAGGCACACAGUUUCUCCUCCUGUUUGUUUGCCUCUGCAGUCAAACGGCACUCCUCCAGGUUUGCAAG